AUGAGAUCAGUGAGAAAGUGGGCACCUCUCUGUGUGUUGUUGGCGCUGGUGCUCAUGUUGUAUAAUGACCCAUGUCUGAUUCUCUGGUGGCCUCAGCAACCUGCCGAGCUGCAGAACACCAAGACUUUACCUCUGGACAUGGCGACAGAUUCCGUUGACGACAUGUACGGCGGCUGCCGAUCUGAAGCGGCCUACCUGGUCAACCUGUACUUCUCGUUUGAGUGGGAGGCAAACAGAAGCUUCAGUUCUGCCAGGUCCUCAGCUGAAAGACAUGCAAAGGAGCCUGCACACAAGGGCCUGAAAAGAGGCCACGCUGUCGCUCUGUACAUGUUCACGGAAGGGAAACACAUACAGCAGGAAUUCAACGCAGCAGUGAGAACAGGGAAACACAAGUACGGCACUCAUGGAUUCAAGUACUAUUACUUCUACUUUUACCUGACUGAUGCCAUCCAGGUGCUGCAUCGCGAUCAGACAUUGUGCAGAAGCGCUUAUCAUAGGACGUGGAGGCAGUUCGGCCACGAUGUCAUUAACACCAACAUGCGGUUCGGAGCUUUCACUCUGGCAGCUUCAGCUGAUCAGUCAUUUGAUGCUAAUGGCAACGUGUCUUGUUUUGAGAUCUUUACAUGCUUCAGCGCUGAUGUGACAUAUUACUCUGCUACGGGGAUGGAAGGACAGAUACUGAUUCCUCCCUAUGAGGUUUUCAAGAUCACCGACGUCCUGACGGAUGACCCGAGGUGCUCCGUCGUCUACAAGCUCCAAAGCACCAAAACGCCACGGAGAGAUCUCAACUGCAAACUAAAUGAGAGACUAACAGGGACGAUUUUUGAUUCAACAAACUGA